AAAAACUGAUCUGUGGUGGAGUUUACGUAUCUAUAAAAUUGCAAAAGUUAUUGUUGGCAAAAAUCCGCCUCAACCUGUUUUAUAUUAUCUUGAGGAUGAGCCUAUUGAAUCUACAGCUCAUUUGAUGGGUCGCAAUCCACAUCGGCCAUUCAAGCGAGAAGAACUCCAA